AAUUAAUCAAUUUACACUAUAAACUCAAACAUAUCGGUUGGCAAGUCUUUACAGACGAAGAUUUCCAAAAUGGCUAGGACUCAAGGUCUAUUUCUUCUUGGUUUAUUAGUUAUCUCAAGUUUGGUUAUGUUAACCGAGAGCCGAGUCGCAAGAAAAGAUUUGGGGCUUGACCUAGGUGGUAUUGGAAUCGGUUUAGGCGUUGGAUUGGGGAUUGGUCUUGGCGGCGGAUCGGGAUCCGGUGCUGGUGCAGGUUCUGGAUCAGGUUCGGGUUCAAGAUCAUCAUCUAGCUCUAGCUCGUCAUCAAGUUCGAGUUCUAAUGGUUCAGGUGGCUCAGCUGGUUCAUCUGCUGGUUCAUUUGCUGGAUCCAGAGCUGGAUCAGGAUCUGGUAACUAAACUAUAAAAUGCAAUAAAUUUCCUACUUAAAGUGUGACACUAUAAGGUAUUAAUGUUUUAUGUUGUUGGUUUGUCGUAAGUAAUAUCGCAUGUCCUAAGGAAAGGGAUGAAUAAAUUGUCGCCAUAAGUGAUGUUUGUUUGA